AUGAUAACUCUAAAAGAACUAAGGAGACGUCAAGAGGAAUUAUUUGGAAUCUCGUUUGAAAAUAAAGACUUAGUUGAUCAAGCAUCAAUUUAAAGAGCGACCGAGGAAAUCAACAAUCAACUCAAAUUAGCUUAAUCUUCAAGAAUCUAGAGUUCAAAGCGACUUUUGAACAUGAAAUUCAAAGUGCAAAACAAAAAUGCUGAUGAAGAGUAAAUUGACAUAGAAUAAGUGUUCUCCACUUAGAACUAGCUCGACUACAUUAAAAAGCUCAAAAGAAUACAAAUAGCAGCCAAAGAAAAACAAAUAUUUGCAGAAAUAGUCGAAAAAGAACUAGACUCACUGGAUAUUGAAGAAGAUCAAAAGAUUACUAUGAAGCAGAUAGAGGAGUUAUUUUCAAUGAUAGGGUACGAACUUUCAAAUGUACAAUUAAAUGAGGUCUUUCUUUAAAUGGAUGCUGGUCGGAAAUUCAAUAAGUUGAGAUUUUUAAAAUGGAUUAGAAAAAAUUACUAAUAUUUAAUCAAGAAAGACAGUAUAGCUGCCACCCUUAAUAUACCUUAAAUGGCAAGAUAGCAAAUAAAAAAUUAAAAUUCUAGAAACUAGGAAAGUGGUCUUUAAGUGUAGAGUAAUACUAAUCAUAAUAAUAGUAUGAGUGUUGCAACAUUAUAGCCUAAAAAUGGACGAGCUUAUUUCAAAAGGAAUAGACACACUAUUGAUUUAACAACACCAUAGCCUAAAAGGCCGGUCAACUCCAAAUAACUUGAAAAGAAUUUAUAAGAAUGGACAACUAAGAUGAUCAAUCUUAGUGAAGAUGUUGGCUAUGAUGAGAAUUUCAGAGAAGAGGAUAGAUAAGAUAGAAAUCUGGCCUAUAAACUUACAAAAGUUAACAAUCCUAUAUAUCAAGAUCCCAAAGAAAGAGAAAAAAGGCAAUUAGAAGAAAUAAUAAAAUAACAAUUAAAGCGCAAGUAAAAGAAAAAAUCUUAAAAUAAGACUAUAGACUUAACAAUUGACAACUAAAAGUCUCCUCUCAUACAAGAUAAAUAGCCGAACUAGAUUAAUAAUAAAACUAGUAUAAAUUAAGUGUAAGUUAUUGACAAAACUUAGAUUCCAUUAGCAUUAGCAGGAGUUUUACACGGAAGUUUUUAUAAUGGAAGCAAGAUUAAUUUUUUCAACAAAGAUAAGCUAACACUAGAAAGAAUUGAUGAGAACCCGAAUGCCUUAGAGAAUCAGAAGAAUAUAAUGAAGAGAACAAUGAAUAUGAAUGCAACUUAAACAAUUAUGAAGUAAGUUUAGAUCUUAACUUAGGAAGAGGACUAUGUAUUAAAACCUGAAUCAAAUCAUUUAUUCAAUUAGUAAAAAGCUAGGGGUACCUUCUAUGAUACUUUUAAUACAACUUUCUAUACUUAAACUGAAUCAAUCUACGAUGAAGAGCCCAUUUAAAAUAACUUAACAAACACAUUAGCCAAGGUAAGGGAUGGCAAAAAGCGUCAAGGGUAAGACAGGAAUAAGUCUAUGACAGUGCAGUAAACAUCAAAUUUUGACGAAGAAGAUAGGAAAGAUUACAACAGUCUACUAUUAGAUCGUUUAAAAGAUAAAAAGCACUCUUUCUAAAAGCUAGAGAUGAAAAAGAAGGAGGUUAAUCAAGCAUUUGAUAUGAUACUUGGCAAUAAAAGAGCUAAAUCUAUGCUUAGGGAUGCAUUUUAGGUCGUAAAUCGUGAUAAGAUUACUUAAAAUACCAGUGAUAUCAGAAAUUACUAGGAAGAGGUAAGACGUAGGUUGAGAGAUAAAAAAUAUGAAGAUGAAAGACAAUAGGAAUUUAGAGUGGCAUACAUCUCAACAAUGCUGCCUUCUGCUCUUGAAAUGCACAAAUUUAUUAAAAUUAUGAAGAAAGAUAAAGUAUUUGAAAGCGAGACGGGUUUUAAGAUUGUGUCAUAGAUCAAGACUCACAAAGAAAAAGAGAGAAUAGAGUACUUGAUGAAAUACAAGCUAUCUGAAAAGUGA